UCAACACACGCACACGAUGGCAAUCCAACUGAAAGAUCCUGAUGUUACUUUGAUGUUUGUAGCAUCUUCAACAUCUAAUAUAAUGCGACACAAUACGAAAGCAAUACUGGACGAAAAAUACAACAGGCAUAAACUACCCCAGCAAUAUGAACAGACGUUUGAUGAUGUUUGGUCUAGGAGAAGGUUGGAAAACCCUUCGUUGUGGAAUGGGACAAAAUUUCGUCUGCACUCAACGAAAUUAGAAAGUGACUGCUUCAGUUUUCAUUUAGGUAUAACAUGUUACAAAGACUUCAUUACAACAAACUGGUCACCACAGUCACGGACUUUUCAGGAAUUGGGCAUUAAAGAACACAACAACACGCAGGCAUACAUGUCAGACGCUAUGGGAGUUGGUUCCUUGCUGCAAACUAGUGACGGCCUGGUGAUAUUUAUGAAGAGAAGCAGCAAAUGUGGUGAAGCUGUUGGACUUUAUGACAUUCCAGGUGGACAUGCCGAACCCGAGGAACUGGUUGGAAAAAUUGAAGCAGAAGAUAUAAAGCUGGAUGCUCUUUCACCGGCAGAUAUAGUUAAGGAAAUCUAUGAUUCUGUGUUACGGGAAAUACGAGAUGAAGUAAACAUUCCUCUUGCCAGCUUAUCUGAACCUGUUUUAAUAGGUAUAGCAAGAAAUACAACAAGUGCAGGCAGACCAAGUGUAGAGUUCUUUGUAAAGUGUAAUUUAUCUUCUGAAGAUGUGAAGAAGCGCUAUUGUCAAGGGGACCAUGCAGAAGCAGAUGAAACAGAGGACAUCAAGUUUUUCAGCAUACAGGAAGUAUUGAACAUGUAUGACAAGCCAUUCUGGAAGCAGCUAGCACCAUCAGCUAAAGGAUGUGUAAUGUUAUUCUGUUUGCAAAACUCAAUCACUGAAGAGACCGCGAAAUAAACUU